UGGCCAGAGAGGCUGGAGAUGAUGGGUGAGAGGAGGAUCCAACCAAGAAGGUUGUUUUCCUGGGAGGAGUUUGGGUUUUCUAUAAUUUCCUUGCAGCAAAAUAGGAAAGGAGGAAGCCAAAGAGGAAGAGGAGCUUGCUUGCAAGAGUGGAGGGAUUUCAGUGCAAGACACUGGGUGGUAUCAGGGUUCAACUGGAUCGAAGAUGGAGAAGGAAGGAUCGCGGCCACGCAGAAGAACUCCUCCCGUCCUGCAGGCUGUGACCGUUGGGGAAGACCUGCGGAGAGCCUUUGUCACUCCGAUUAAGCAUGAACCAGAGCAAGGCCGACUUCAGGACUGGGAAAUGCAGUGGCAAUCUUUCCUGAAGAUGGUGGAGGCCCCACAUUUGCCUGAUGAGCCUCCACCAUGGAAUGACACUCAGUCCUUCCUGGCCUCCUUCGAGGAAGUGGCCACAGCUUGCCAGUGGCCCAAGGACGUGUGGGUGACCCGGCUCUUGCCAGCCCUCCAAGGUGAGGCCAAGAAGACCUUUGAUAGGCUGGAGACCCAAGACAGAGAAGAUUACAGGAAAGUGAAGGCAGCCAUCCUUCAAGGAGACGCCCUGCGGAGGGAGAAGAGCCGCCAGCGCUUCCGGCGUUUCUGCUACCAGGAGGCCGAGGGGCCGAGAGGGGCUUACGGGCACCUCCAGGAGCUUUGCCACCGGUGGCUGAAAGUGGAGAAGCACACGAAGGAACAGAUCCUGGAAGACCUGAUCCUGGAGCAAUUCCUGGCCGUCCUCCCGCUGGAGAUCCAGUCCUGGGUGAAGGAUCAGGGGCCGAGGAGCUGUCCCCAAGCAGUGGAUCUGGCCGAGGAGUUCCUGCUCAGGCGGCGAGAGGCCAAGAUGGGGGAGCAUCAGAUGUUGACGGAGUUUGUGGAGCCAACUGUGAGUUCUGUGAAGGAAGAACCAUCUCCGCCUGACUCUAGGGAAAUGCAGCUGCAAAAGGAAGCUGAGGCCAUACAUAACCUGGACGCCAGUUUACAGGGCUGUAUGCAGGUGAGUGAGUGUGAGGAGAAGAUUCCCGAUCAUCCCAAACUUAGCAAGCAUCAAGAGGAACUUCAGGGAUCUUCUGAGCUGAGAAAAAGUCCAGAGAAGUGUUCUAUUCGUUCCAAACUGAUGAAGCCAAAUAAAGGACCUCAAAGGGGAACAACAGAAAGUCUUCUUCAGUUGGAUAAAAAAGGCAAAACAUCUUGUGAUCCUCACAGUUUAAAGAAGCAACAAAGGAACCAUCCAAGGAACGGAACAAGGGAUUUCAUUCCUGGGGUGGAAAACAAGACCUUGAACAAACAUUUAUUUGGAAACGCUAGACUUCCAGAAAACUUUGGGGAGGACAGUGGACUUUUCCAUUGUGAAGCAGCGCAAGACGGGGAGGAACCAUUUCACGAUGCCGUGUGUGGCACAAAUGUUGGUCUCCGUCACGAUCCGGUAAUAAAGCUUCAGCAGACACAAGCGUUGGAAAAACCGCACCGAUGUUCUUAUUGCGGGAAAGCCUUCUGUGGGGGAACCUGUGCCAAAAAGAAACCCUUCCAGUGCUCAGGCUGCGAGAAGUGCUUCAGCCGGAACUCGCUGCUUCUGAAGCACGAACGGACCCACAAGGGAGGGAAGCCCUACAUGUGCCCCACUUGCGGGAAGAGCUUCGUCUACAGUUGGAACCUGAUGAAGCACAAAAAGAAGCACACGGGCGAAAAGCCCCACCACUGUUUGGCCUGUGGGAAGACCUUCUUCGAGCGGUCGGACCUUCUCAGGCACGAGAGGACUCACACGGGGGAGAAGCCGCACCGCUGCAGCCACUGUUGGAGGCGCUUUAGUCAGAAGUGGAUCCUUAUUAAACACGAAAGAACCCACAUUGCUUAGAGGUUGGACAAGUGUGCCUCUCACGUGGAAAGUUCAUGCAUGUCUGCUCAGGGUAGAAGUGGGGAGAUGUUCUUUUCCCAGUGGGGUUCAAAUGACCCAAGGAGUAAUUUGUUUUGGACUGUUUGCUGCUGGUGGCGGAGACUGAAGACUGUGGUGUGCCAUUGUGUUGGGUAAAAAGAAACAUGUUCACCCAUUUCCCCUCCUUUUGGGUUCAUUUACACCACAGCUUUCAUGUUAACGACACACUUUUUAGACCUGCAUCAUUUUGCAACACAGUAAUUCAGGAGACUGAAGACUGUGGUGUGUUGUUGUAUUCGGUCAAAAGAAACAUGUUACCCAUUUUCUGUCUUUCUGAGUUCGUGUAUACCAGAGCUUUCAUGUUAAUGACACACUUUUUCGACCUGCAUCAUUUUGUGACACAGUAAUUCAUUUUUACCAGCAAACCAGGGGUUAAGCCAACUCUUUAAAAGAGAACCAGGGGUUACCCAAAUUACCAAGGAGUAAUUUGUUUUGGACUGUUUGCUGCUGGUAGCGGAGACUGAAGACUGUGGUGUGUCAUUGUGUUGGGUAAAAAGAAACAUGUUCACCCAUUUUCUGUCCUUCUGGGUUCAUUUACACCACAGCUUUCAUGUUAACGACACACUUUUUAGACCUGCAUCAUUUUGCAACACAGUAAUUCAGGAGACUGAAGACUGUGGUGUGUCAUUGUGUUCAGUCAAAAGAAACAUGUUCACCCAUUUUCUGUCCUUCUAGGUUCAUUUACACCACAGCUUUCAUGUUAAUGACACACUUUUUCGACCUGCAUCAUUUUGCGACACAGUAAUUCAGUUUUACCAGCAAACCGGGGUUAAGUCAACCCCUUACAAGAGAUACGAACACAUACAUAAAUUGUCCUAUUAAAUUGUUUGUGGAAAUAACGUGUCUUGUGAAAAUCUUUUCAUUUAUAUUUUUUAAAAUACAUGAUUUGUUGCUUAUUUUA